GGCAACCCGGAUAUUAUGUCUCUACUGCUGGAGCAUAAGCAAGCAGACCCGAAUAUCCCGGAUAAUGGGGGUCUCACUCCACUUCACGCAGCAGUGAAAAGUGGGUGGUUGGACCUUGUGAGAUCACUCAUUAUUGAUAAAAGAGUGAAUUUGAAUAUACAGUGCAAUGUUGGAUCAACUCCCCUGGGUAUAGCUGUUUUGAGAGAUAAGCCGGAAAUAGUGAAAGUCUUACUUGACGAUGAAAGAAUAAGGUGA